GGAAUUUGUUGUUGUUGUUUUCGUGGACCGGAAGACGACAGAGGACAUUUUUUACAUUUGGUUGGACUCACAAGUUGUCGAUAACUGUAAUUUGGACAAGAUUUUUUUUUUGUGUUUGUAGGAUAGUUAAUUAGGUGAUACGAGGGACUAGCGGAAGCUCCGGGACUUGCUUCGAAAUUGGGUUAAACCGUGUUUUUUCUGCCUGAAGAUGGCAAGUCAGUAUCAGCGCUCGGUACCGCUGGAGGUGAGGAGAGCGGAGGGAGAGCGUGUCCGGGCCAAGCAUCCUGACAAGAUACCGAUCAUUGUAGAGAGGGCCCAGAGGUCACGAGCUCCUGAACUGGAUAAGAAGAAGUACUUGGUGCCCUCAGAUUUAACAGUGGGCCAGUUGUGUUUCCUCGUCCGCCAACGUGUAUCAUUGAGACCAGAGGAGGCGCUCUUCUUCUUUGUCAACAACUCGUUGCCCCCCUCCAGUUCCCCUCUUUCUGCAGUCUAUGAGGAGCACCACGAAGAAGACCUGUUCCUCUACAUGACCUACAGCAACGAGAGCGUCUACGGCGCCUGAAGGGAGCACACUGCCAGUUUGGCCUGGAUGGCGAGAACGGGAAACGGGGGAGAUGGGAGACGCCAUUAUUAUUCCCUAUACAGCAUUAGUGUAUGAGUAAUCACAUGGUGGGGAAAGGGUCACAAGGUUGCAGUUUCAUUUACUACUAAAUGUUUACUUAUUUUACAAAAUCCUUACAUGGCAAAAGAAAAAUGAAAAAAGGAAGAAAAUUGAUGGAAAAGGAAGUGGUCUUAUGAUCUUGGCCAGAGCUCCCCUUAUCUUUCUCAUCUGUAUUUAAUGAACAUGUUUUUUUUUUUGUAAAUGGCGCAAUCAUUAACUUUUUUUUGUUGCAAAUAAAGAUUACAAAAACAU